AUGGAUGCCGAUGAAUUUCGACAACGAGGUAAAGAAAUGGUGGAUUUCAUUGCGGAUUAUCUGACAACUAUUCGAACGCGACGUGUUUUUCCAAGUGUGAAACCUGGCUACAUGCGUCCGCUGAUUGACGAUGAAGCGCCAAGACAAGGAGAACCAUGGAAUCAAAUAUUUAAUGACAUCGAACGCGUCAUCAUGCCUGGUGUUACACAUUGGCAGUCACCGUACAUGCACGCUUAUUUCCCAGCAUUGAAUUCUUAUCCAUCGAUGUUAGGAGAUAUGUUAGCGAAUUGUUUGAAUCAAAUAGGAUUUACUUGGGCAUCGAGUCCGGCGUGCACAGAACUAGAAACGGUUGUCAUGGAUUGGUUAGCAAAGAUGAUCGGUUUACCAAAUGAUUUUCUUCAUUCACAUGCUGAUACAACCGGAGGUGGUGUUAUUCAAACAACGGCAUCAGAAGCCACACUAGUGGCAUUACUUGCUGCUCGGAAAGAAGUUAUUCGUCGUGUACAAGCCCAAUUUCCUUAUUUGAGUCCUGCAGAAAUCAACGGACGUCUUGUUGCUUAUUGUUCUGAUCAAGCCCAUUCAUCUGUCGAGAAAGCUUGUUUGAUCGGUUUGGUGAAACUGAAUCUUGUGCCAAGCGAUGAUAAACUACGCCUACGUGGCAGUGCAUUAAGACAAGCAAUUGCUAAAGAUAAGGAAAAUGGUUUAAUUCCAUUCUACUUAUGUGCAACAUUAGGAACAACUGGAGCGUGUGCUUUUGAUAAUUUAGUUGAAUUGGGAUCGAUAUGUGAGCGAGAAAAUAUUUGGAUACAUGUCGAUGCGGCAUAUGCGGGUAGUGCGUUUAUUUGUCCUGAAUUUCGACAUUUUAUGGAUGGAGUUGAACUAACACACUCAUUCGCUUUCAAUCCAUCGAAAUGGAUGAUGGUUCAUUUCGAUUGUACGGCUAUGUGGGUUAAAUCAAGUGCCGCCUUGCAUCGUGCUUUCAAUGUUGAUCCAUUGUAUCUUCAACAUGAAAAUGCCGGUGUUGCUAUUGAUUAUAUGCAUUGGCAAGUUCCAUUGAGUCGUCGGUUUCGUGCAUUGAAACUUUGGUUUGUCAUACGUUCGUACGGCAUCGAAGGUUUACAAAAACAUAUUCGAAAUGGCGUUCGAAUGGGAGGUGUAUUCGAAUCAUUGGUUCAAGCAGAUAAACGCUUCGAGAUACCGGCUGAUCGUCAUCUUGGUCUAGUCGUUUUUCGUUUAAAAGGUGAAAAUGAAUUAACCGAACAGCUAUUAAAAGAAAUCAACAGCGGUGGUUCAAUUCACUGUGUUCCUGCGUCGAUCAAAGGCAAAUACAUAAUUCGUUUUACUGUUACAGCUACAUCAACCAAUACAGAUGAUAUUAAUCGCGAUUGGAAGAUUAUUCAAGCAGCAGCAAGUAAGAUUCUUCGUCCACUAGAUAGCUUGACACCACAAGAACGUCGAAACAAAAUGAAAAAUCUUCACGAUGACUUUCGCAUGUCACUGGUUCUAUCCAACACCCCGCAUAGUCCAUGUUUGAUCAAUGGAAGCUUUGCUGCUAUAUUACCGUUGAAUACCCGACAUAUCUAUGCCAUGACGCACGAAUUGAGUCAACGUGGACUGAAGAAUUCUCUCCUACCAAUAUCCACACGACGACGUACAAAAAAUUUCUCUGGUCAUCAAACAAUUAGUAAGCAAAUGAGUAUGGAUGGAAAUAUGAUUCACAGCAAUCAACAGAAAUACCUAGUGCCUAUAGCAACAGCAUCGUUACCAAUCAGUCGACAAGGCAGUUUAGAUUCUCGUAUUGAAGAAAUCUUAGACAAUAACACAAUCGAAAGUAAAGAUUUUCUUUCAACACCAAUCAACGGCUACGAUGAGAUCACGAAAGUCGUACCGAAAAUUCUCAAAGAAUAA